UUCAGAGAAUCAGUCGUGUAUGGAACUCCGAAGUGUUUGGACGUAGCUCGCCUUGUUUCUGCCCUAGAUAGCAAGCCCUACAUUAAUAUAGUUUAAAACAUAUCGGUGGUCUACUUCUGGUGCACCUCUGAACAAAAUUAAUUUGUUUUUUCUUUCGAAAUACGCACUACGCAUUGAUAUUUUCAUGUUAUACGAUUAGAAAAGAACCAAAAUAACGAUUUUCGUUCUUCUUACGCAACCGAUAUAAGGUACUCGCAUCAGAUCGACCUACGCACAUUUGGAUCACCAUUUUUCUUACAAAAUUUUUAUUUCUCUCUGUACUUCACCUUCUCAAUAAACAUGUGCCUCCACUGCAGUGAAAGUGAAAAAGAAAACUUUUAAUAUCGUAGCUCGGCAGAAAAAAUAUCAUUUUCCAAAGAACAAGAAUGGCGUCCACCUUUUUGGUAAUUGGAACUAUCCUACUCGGAACUACAACCUGGAACACGGUGAAUGGACAAACUUGUUCGCGAGAGGAACAUCAGAGAUGCGUUUCACUCGCAGAUCCAUUGCUCAAGGAUCCUCAUCUGAUAUUUCCAGACAACAUGCAGGACAUCGAUUUGGUGUGCAGGACGUGGGCAAGUUUUGUAGAUUGUAUCCGCCGAUAUAUCGAAAAUUGUUUCACCGAGCAGAGGAGAGAGCAAUUCAACUUGGCGGUAGAGAUGCCAAUCGCUUCCGUACACCAAAUGUGUUCGGUAUCUACUUAUCAAGCCGAAUAUCUACAACAUGCCACGUGCAUUAAAGCAACGGUCACAGAAGCCGAACAUUGUGGUGGACAAUACGCGGCUUUGGUUGACGAAGUUUCCAGAGGUCAAGUCGCCAGGAACAGUCUGUGCUGUUCCCACCAUCGUUUCCGAUCUUGUGUCAUCGCGGAGGCACGUUUGCGCUGUGACGCCGGUCAAGGCGAAGGUCCGGCUGCCAGAUUUUCAAGACAAGUUCUCGACAAGGCUCUGAGAUUCCUGCAAGAUCAGUGUCACAAUUACAUACCGAACAGUGGCGAUUGUCCAGCUUUGACGACCGAAAAUAUGCUGUCGGUAAGCCCCCUCGGUGAUGUUCAUCACGGUCAACCCGGUACUUUGGGAACAAGAAGUCGACCUUAUCAUCGCACUGCGACACCGGAAUUAAUUUCGGGCCAAGCAACGAGCGUCCACGAUACAAAUUCGAAUACCGUUUACCCGAACGGAUUCCGAAGCACCGGACGAUCGCUGAAUCCUUCACCGGCCCCAAACACGGAGAGGACUGAUUCUUGGACACCGUCUACGUGGAUGUCGUCGAUAAAUGUCAACCAAAAUAGCGUCAGUUUAAAUAAUAACGCUCUUCCAAGUAGAAUCGGUGGCGACAUGGAAGGAGAAGAAGUAGCUCAGGUGGAAACCACCCAGCCAAAUUACAACAAUAAUCAACACGAAGGGGAGCAAGCCGUAGUCGUUACGCAACGACCAUCGACUUAUGGAAGAGGAAUGUCUUGGACGUCACCUGCGACCGAACCACCACCGGAAAUACCCGCUUGGGCUACCAGCACUUGGCUCGUUUCUAAUCAAAUACCUGUAACCGAUGAAACCUGGUAUCCAGCGGCAGGUAGCUACGGUGGAAAUCACAUAGACGAACCGAAUCAACAGGGAUUAUCGAAGAAUGAUCAGGCUAGGCUAGAAAAUAAAUUCGUUGCGAUGGUUUGCAUGAUUAUUAUUGCUUAUGUUAUUUAAGUGGAAAAAAAAAAUAACGAAUAACUACAAUUAAAAAAUAAUAGGUGGAUAUGAUCUAUUAUUUUUUAAUAGCGCAAUAAUAAUAGGAUAAAAAAAAUUCCCGGCAAAAUUGUUAUUUUCUUCCAUUCUUUCGUUUCAUUGAACGUCAAAGUAAGAAUUAGUGGUACAAUUAUUAAUUUAUUAAUAUUAUUGUUAUUAUUUCCACGUGAAAUGUAAGUUUAUGGGUAUAAUGGGUAUGUCAUUGAUAUUCUUCAUAUUGUCUUAUAAAGAUCUCCGGUAUUUUAUAAUACGUCGGAAGUCUGAUUAAUUGGAAAUUAAUUAACAAUUUCAAAGUACCGUGAAUCAGAAUUGAAUCAGCAUGAAAAUGUUGGUCAGAGUUCAGAGUAUUUGAGCAGAGCCACUUUCAGACUAAUUCAAUUACAAAUUAUUAUUGUUUAGAAUAACGCGCUAUACUAGUCAAUCACAAAGAUAGAAACCGUAUACGUAAAUAUAUGCCUAGGAUACAUAAAUGUACAUAUUUUAUGAAUAUACAUAUCACGGCUCCCCAAAAAAUUCAUAUAUGGUGCUUAAUAUGUGUAGGGACAUGCUGAAAUUUAACAUCGUCUAAACAAAUUAUAAUAAUAUAGAAAUUAGUCUAACAAAAAUGAAUUUACAAUUACCAUAGACCCUGCUUUUCUUUACCACAACUGAAAGAUUCUUUCUCAACAUAUCCGGAAAAUAAUUUAAACGAUACCUGCAAUAUUGUUACCAUGUUUUGUUAUUUACCAGAUUUUUAUCUAUUUCAGCAUGCGGAAUAGAAAGAAAGAAAAAAUGUUGAUAAUAAAUAAAUCAUUCCAACAAGUAUUUGGCGAUAAGAGAAUUGUCUUAUCAAAUCCAAACUCAAAAUAGUUGCAGCUAAUUAUGUAAUAAACUCAUAAUACAAUAAGUGGUGCACACACAUAUACCAAGUAAAAAAUAGAAAAAAAAAACAGAAAAAAAGAUAACACAAUGAUUCUAAUCGAUGUAACAGUACGUGUAAAAAAUAACUAUUAUCAAAUAAUGAUUGUAAAUUA